ACGCGGCGGCGGGAGCCGGCGCCACCUGCCCCGCGCGCCACUGCUGAGCCGGCAGCCGGAGGCGCCCCGAGCGCCGCGGAGGAGCCGCCCGCCUGGUGAGCAGCCAGCCCGGCAGCGGGCACCGCGCCCGCCCCGGCUCGGGGCCUGCCUUCCCCGCGCCCCCGCCGGCUCCGGUCCCUUCUCCCGUCUCGGCCUUCUCCCCUCCUCGGGUUCGCCGCCAGCCCCGCGGCGGCGCGGCCUCCCCCGCGGCCCCAGGCGCGGGGAAAGUUUCGGGGCGCGUCUCCGCCCCGCCACGGGGCAGCGGCGAGAGGGACCGAGCGGGAGGUCGGCGGCGCGUCCCGCGCGGGGGCCUCGGCUCAUCGCGCUGUGUUGUAUCCCGUGUUCCCCGCCCGCCUGGAGGCAUCGCCCCCGACAGCUCUUUCGGAGGAGCUGCGGAGCGGGAGGAGUAGCGCAAUAGGAUGACCUCUCCUGUGGACCCCAAGAUUAAACAGGCUUUGCGAAAGAAGCCGUCAGAAAGGACUCCGGAGGACUUAAAUACUAUCUAUUCUUUUCUUCAUGGACUGGACAUACUGUCACACUUCAGGGAACAUCAACUAAGAAUAAUGUCAUCGAGUGCUCGCUACGAGAGGUACAAGGGCAACCAAGUUCUCUUUUGCUCAGAAACUAUUGCAAGAUGCUGGUAUAUACUGCUCUCUGGAUCUGUCCUCAUGAAGGAUUCCAUGUUUUUACCACCUUGCAGUUUUGGCAAGCAGUCUGGAGGAAAACGAGGAUGCGAGUGUAUCAUAUUGGAGCCUUCAGAAAUGAUUGUGGUGGAGAACUCCAAAGACAAUGAGGAAAACAUCUUGCAAAGAGAAGUCCCGCUCAGGCAGUCUCGUCGGAGGUUUAGGAAGAUCAACCAGAGGGGUGAGCGUCAGACCAUUACUGACCAUGUGGAUUCCAGCAGUUACCUGUCGCUUCCAGCAGAUCUUACCAAGAUGCAUCUUACUGACAAUCCACAUCCUCAAGUGACUCAUGUCCCCUCAAGCCAGUCGGGAUGUAGCAUCGCCAGUGACUCUGGGAGUAGCAGCCUAUCUGAUAUUUAUCAGGCUACAGAAAGUGAGAUGGGAGACGUUGAUUUAACAGGUCUUCCAGAGGCACCUGUAGACUCUGAAGAUGAAGAAGAGGAGGAAGAUGAAGAUAUUGACAGAACUUCAGAUCCGCUUCUAGGGCGAGAUGUUGUACGAGAGUGCCUUGAGAAAGAGCCUGCAGAUAAAACUGAUGAUGACAUUGAGCAAUUACUGGAAUUUAUGCAUCAACUCCCUGCCUUUGCAAACAUGACUAUGUCUGUGAGAAGAGAACUUUGCUCAGUGAUGAUAUUUGAAGUAGUAGAGCAAGCAGGAGCCAUUAUACUUGAAGACGGCCAAGAACUCGAUUCUUGGUAUGUUAUUUUAAAUGGCACAGUAGAAAUCAGCUACCCUGAUGGAAAGAGUGAGAGUCUCUGUAUGGGAAAUAGUUUUGGGAUUACUCCCUCUCUGGACAAACAGUACAUGAAUGGAGUGGUCAGAACCAAAGUAGAUGAUUGCCAGUUUGUGUGUAUAGCCCAGCAAGACUACUGGAGGAUUCUGAACCACGUGGAAAAAAACACUCAUAAAGUGGAGGAAGAAGGAGAAAUUGUUAUGGUAAAGGAGCACAGGGAGCUAGAUCGCAGUGGAACCAGAAAAGGACAUAUAGUUAUCAAGGCAACACCUGAGCGACUCAUUAUGCACUUAAUAGAAGAACAUUCUAUUGUGGAUCCAACCUACAUCGAAGAUUUCCUUUUAACAUAUAGAACAUUUCUAACAAGCCCUCUGGAAGUUGGAAAUAAGCUCUUGGAGUGGUUUGCAGUGGACAGCCUCAGGGAUAAGGUUACCAGAGUGGUCUUACUGUGGGUGAACAAUCAUUUUAAUGACUUUGAAGGAGAUCCUGCUAUGACUCGAUUUCUGGAAGAAUUUGAAAAGAACUUGGAAGAUGCGAAAAUGAAAGGACAUCUCAGAUUGCUGAAUAUUGCCUGUGCUGCCAAAGCAAAAUGGAGGCAAAUUACCCUGCAAAAACCUUCUAGAGAUUCACCACUGUUUUUCAGUCUCCUUGGAGGGAGCGACAAGGGCUUUGGUAUUUUUGUAGAGACUGUGGAAAUGGGCAGUAAAGCAGCAGAAGCUGGACUGAAGCGUGGUGAUCAGAUAAUGGAAGUAAAUGGACAGAAUUUUGAGAAUAUUACUUUUGUAAAAGCUCUGGAAAUUUUAAGGAACAACACUCAUCUUUCCAUUACUGUAAAAACAAACAUUUUUGUGUUUAAGGAGCUGCUCUGCAGGAUAGGACAGGAGAAGAAUGGAAUUCCACAUAUUCCAAAAAUUGCAGAAAAGAAAAACAACCGUUACUCCAUCCCAGAUAUGCCUGGAGAUGUGGAACAGAUGUUUCCCCGUGAAAAAGGAAACAAGAAAAUGAAAGCAAACACUGUAUCUGGUGGGAGAAACAGAAUCAGGAAAAUUUUAGACAAGACUCGAUUCAGCAUCUUGCCUCCAAAGUUGUUCAGUGAUGGCAGCGUGAGCCAAUCGCAGGAUGACAGCAUUGUCGGGACGCGGCAGUGCAGGCACAGCCUGGCCAUCAUGCCUAUUCCAGGAACACUCUCCUCCAGUAGCCCGGACCUGCUGCAGCCUACAACGAGCAUUUUGGAUUUCUCUAAUCCUUCAGAUAUUCCGGAUCAAGUAAUAAGAGUUUUCAAAGCAGAUCAGCAAAGUUGUUACAUUAUCAUCAGUAAAGACACUACAGCAAAAGAGGUUGUGAGUCAUGCCGUCCAUGAAUUCAACUUGACAGGAGCACCGGAGACCUACUCCCUCUGUGAGGUGUCUGUCAGCCCUGAGGGAGUCAUCAAACAACGGAGACUGCCAGAUCAAUUCUCCAAGCUGGCUGACAGGAUUCAACUCAAUGGACGGUAUUAUCUAAAAAACAAUAUGGAGACAGAGACCUUAUGCUCAGAUGAGGAUGCUCAAGAGCUACUGAGAGAAAGCCAAAUCUCCCUCCUACAGCUGAGCACCAUUGAGGUGGCCACUCAGCUUUCCAUGAGAGACUUUGAAUUGUUUCGCAAUAUCGAGCCUACAGAAUACAUUGAUGACCUUUAUAAGCUGGACUCCAAAACAGGAAAUGCUCACCUGAAACAGUUUGAGGAUGUCAUAAAUCAAGAGACAUUCUGGGUUGCCAUGGAAAUUUUAGCAGAGCCCAACCAACUCAAACGAAUGAAGAUUAUUAAGCACUUCAUUAAAAUUGCCCUCCACUGUCGAGAAUGCAAGAACUUCAAUUCCAUGUUCGCAGUUAUAAGUGGGUUAAAUCUAGCACCAGUAGCACGUCUCAGAGGCACUUGGGAAAAGUUACCAAGCAAGUAUGAAAAGCACCUCAGAGACCUUCAAGAUCUUUUUGAUCCAUCUCGAAACAUGGCAAAAUACCGCAACAUCCUUAGCAGCCAGAGCAUGCAGCCUCCAAUUAUUCCACUUUUUCCUGUUGUCAAGAAGGAUAUCACGUUUCUGCAUGAAGGAAAUGAUUCGAAAGUGGAUGGCCUGGUAAAUUUUGAGAAGCUCCGGAUGAUUGCCAAAGAAAUUCGCCAAGUUGUCAGAAUGACCUCAGCAAACAUGGAUCCAGCUGUAAUGUUCAGACAAAGGAAGAAGAGGUGGAGAAGUUUGGGAUCUCUGAGCCAGGGCAGCACAAACUCAAACAUGCUGGAUGUCCAGGGAGGUGCUCACAAAAAACGUGCCCGCCGCAGCUCGCUUCUGAAUGCCAAGAAGUUGUAUGAGGAUGCCCAGAUGGCGAGGAAGGUGAAGCAAUACUUAUCCAACCUGAAUGUAGAGACAGACGAAGAAAAGAUCCAAAUAUUGUCACUUCAGUGUGAGCCUGCAUAUAGCACUCUGACAAAAAAUUUAAGUGAGAGAAGAGGAGGAAAAUCCUCAGAAAUGUCUCCGGUGCCCAUGAGAUCCAUUGGCCAAACCACUAAAGCCCAUCAGCAUCCACAAAACAGAAUGAGUCAAGUUCUACAGGUUCCAACUGUGAAUUUAUACCCGAGUAGGAAAAAGGGACUGACAAAAGAGCAUGUCACGUUCAGUACAGGCUCCCCACAGAAGUCAUUAAGCUUGUCCGAGGAAGUAAGUAGUAAGAAACAAACAGACGACACGAUGUCCAUGGCAUCAUCUUUGCACUCCAGCCCACCUGCUUCUCCUCAGGGCUCUCCACGCAAAGUUGGUAACAUCCCAAGGUUGGAUAACUGCAGUCAGAUGAACCUCUCUGGCUCUUCCUCAUCACUUGCCAGUGAAACCAGCAACAAAAACAGUGGACAGCGCAGCUACGGAAUAGGCUAUGCCCUCAUACCCUCCACUAAAUCUGAUAACUUCUCGGACUCCAGUCACAGUGAGAUUUCAUCCCGGUCCAGCAUUGUGAGCAACUGCUCAGUGGACUCGAUGUCGGCAGCACUGCAGGAUGAGAGGAGUCUGUCCCAGUCCCUCAUUGUGGUGGAUUCAGGAGGGGCAGAGAGAAAAGAACAUCCUCAGCCUCUGACUGAGUAUGGCCAGCCCUGCCCGGGCUGGUCAAUGACCAGGCCUGCUCUCAUCAGAGGGAUGGCUUUCACAUCCUCCAUGAGCAGUGAGGAGAUCUCCCAUGAACAUAUCACAGUAGAGGCAGCGGAUAGCGGUCGAGGAAGCUGGACUUCAUGCUCGAGUAGUUCCCAUGAUAACUUCCAGAACAUCCCAAACCAGAAGAGCUGGGAUCUCCUCAAUUCUCACCGUCACACCCAGCUGGAUGGGCCUAUUGCUGAAGUUGAUCCCACAAACUGUUAUUCUGAGGAGGCCUAUUUGUAUUCUGAAGCCUUCUCCAAAACCAACAGGCAGUCGAAAGCCAGCAUGGAGCUCGAUCAGUCUCGGCAGAGCUGGGCUUCCUCCAGUUCGCUGUCAGAUACCUACGAAACAAACUAUGGGACGAUUAAGCGGAGGGGGCUGGAGAAUUCCACAGCAGAGCAAACAGAGGUUUUGGACUCUAAACCAGGCGCUGAUGCCACUUACAAAACUGUUACUUCGAGUACAGAGAAAGGCCUGAUAGUGUACUGUGUCACCUCACCUAAGAAGGACGAUAGGUAUAGGGAGCCACCGCCCACCCCUCCGGGAUAUAUGGGGAUUUCUUUAGCGGACAUAAAGGAAGGAUCGCCCCACCACCCACACCUAAAACCUCCAGACUAUAGUGUGGCAGUGCAGAGGUCAAAGAUGCUGCACAGUGACCUCUCUAGACUUUCAUCAGCUCCUCUCAGUAGUGAACCGGUGGCCUGUAUUUCAUCGAAGAUGCCUCAGUGGCAUAGUCGGCAGCCGUCCAGCCCCAAGCUAGCAGAUAUGACUGACGCAGAUAGUGAAGAGGAUGAAGAUGAACAAGUGUCAGCAGUGUAACCAUUGGGCUAUUGAUACAAACCCUAACACAAGGGAUGUGGGGAAAAGGACCACAUGAUUCUGUUAGCGAACGCUAACGACUUGCUGCUGCUAACCUCGGACAUCGCAUUUGCCUGUUGCAGGCAAGAUGGAACGGGUUGGAUCACAUCUCUCUACCUUCCUUCACUCUGCCAUCGCCUAGGAAAGCUGUUUCUGCUUGUGAAAUAGCAAACCAUUCUCAAGGAGCUUACUGACUGCCUGGAUACCACCAUUGGUAUCCAGAGAUAGACCAGGCUCCAUGCAUUUGGGGAGGACCAGUUGUCACCACCACUCGAAACUUGGAAGCCUUCUUCUGUAUGAUACCAUAUAAUCCUUUGGUAGUUCUCCAUCGUCGUUAUUUUCUACAUGACCAUUAUGAGUCUAAGAGUGUUAUUUUAUGAACUUUAAAAGAAAAUAUAUCAAAGUGUCAGCAAAAGUGAAGGACGAUGCUGAAGUAUCUGAAAAUAAUUUAUUAAUUUAAUUUUUGUUUCUGUGCUUUCUUUGUGUUGGGAGUGCUCUGGUUGGCUAAUGUAACUGUUCAGUCAAUGUGAUAGUAAAUUAGCUACACGUAAACCGUUGUGCUCUCGGAAUAAACGCAGAAAACUAGAAGUGGGAUGUUUUCAGGUGCAGAAAUAACGUGGAUUUAGAUGAAAUAUAAACUGAGCACAAAGCCCCUGCCGCCUGCCAUCAGCUCCCCUCUGCCACAGGCACGGCAAAAAACCUCUACCCUAGAAGUAUAAUUUUAGAAAUUUUUAGCUGCCAGCCAACUAAAGCCACAGUUGGUGCUCUCCUCCCCCACAGAGUGAUAGUUUGAAAAGUGGAGGCUGGAGCUCUCAGGGAGCUCUUAGGAGAGGGGGAAGCUUUCCCCAAAAAGCUUUAACGGGGUGUUGCCCUGAGGAGAUCAGCAUGCAAAGCGUGUUGCUAGAAGCCAAAACUUAUAAACUCUGUGUUGUGGAUUUUAAGAUCAUCCCACGCAUUCUGGCCUUGUACCAGAGUUGCACAGGAUUUGGGCACAAAGGUUAUCUUUGUUAAAAAAAAAAAAAAGAAUAAAUCAAGAAAUUAUAAAUCACCUUCGUUUCACAGUAAAAAUCUGUGAAACUAAAUACUAAAUGGUGUAACACUUAUAUAGUAGUAUAAUGCAUUUUUAUGAGGGGUUAAAAAACCCUGCUGUGUUCAUCUGGAAAGUACAGAUGUCUAUAACCAUUUUGUUUAAAUCCUAGAUAGAAAUCCUGGUGGUGUUGAUAUCAGUGACGAUUUUGGCUUGCGGCCCGCCAGCCAGUGUUAACAUGUGACCCUCUAGUUUGACCGUGGUCAGAUAAAUUGCUUGUUUUGAUUUUGCUUAGCCAGCCAGAGCGCAGAGGGGUAGAACUGGAAAUUCCUGCAGUUUCCUUCUUUCUUCUAGCACACGAUGCCCCAUUCUAGUGUUAAAAUCGGACAUGAAUGUGUGAAUACGUAUUUAAACAUUUACUUGUAAAUCUUUGUUGUGAUGUUUACAGCCUAAGCUAGGAAGAUGUUUGUCAUUUUUACAGUGCCUCAAAAAUGAUUUCUAUAUCCAUAGUUGUGAAGAGCUUUAAGGUUUUGUUUUCAGUAUGUGUGCAGGGGGUGCAAGGUGAAUGCAACAUUUUUGGAAAAUGACACAAGUACCAAAACCAACCCAAAGCUGUGCUUUCCCCACAGCAGCUUGGGGGACUGAUGCUGCCCAGUGCACGUGUACAACCCAGCCCGUGCCCGUGUUCCCAGCGGCACUGGCUGCAAUGUUACCACAAGGCUGGAACUUGCCCAAACUGAUUGGGAUUCAGAAGAAAACAAAACAAACAGUGAUGCUGAGGAACGGAUCCCUAACUUGUAACUUAAUCUGUUGGCUGUGUGAAUUUUUGGCAGAAGAAUCAGAGGAGCAAAUGGUUGGGAAAAAAAAAAAGUAAAUUAAAAGCCAGUUGAGAGGUAUCACAAUAAAUGCAUUUUGCUUUUUGGAGGCCUUAAUGAAUAAAAUGAACCUGCACAGGCCUUAAUGAACAAAGAUUAACGUGAGCGUCAAAGCAGCGCAGGGCAGAGCGAUUGUUCUCAGCACGUGUAAUGGUGAUAAUAGAACUGUUAAACUGAUAUUUUUGUGGGAUGUAAACCCAAGUCCUAGCAGUCCCACUGUCAACUGUAGCUUCUUGUUAACUUCUCCAUGGCAUGUGCAACAGGCUUUGCUAUUUGUCAGAGGAUCAUCUGCCUUGUGCCAGGAAAGUGAAAUCAUACGGUUCCUGUGACCUCAGGUGUUGACCUGUAGUGUUGAACAAAAGAAGGGAUGAGGGAUUGUUACUAAAGUAACUUCCUUCUUCCCCAAAAGCUUGAUAGUGUUGUCUCUGAGGAUAUGGUGAAGCUGCUCUGGGAGCAGGGUUGGGGUUUCCUCUGGCAGCCCCAAGAGCAGUUGAAUAAAUCCCGCACCGAGACGUGGUGUUUGCACAUCAGCAGCAUCCAUCUGGCUGUUCCGCAGGGCACGGGAAAGGUUUUAAAGUGAGCGAAAGCCUUGCAAAUCAUGUUUUCCUAAUGGCUGAUACAGCUGGUGUAAAUAAGCCCUGCAUUACCAAUGGACACACGAGUUAGUGCCCUGCUCCUCCCACUCCACACGUGUGGUUUGCCUCUGCUGCUUCUUGCUGGGAUUUUCCUCCCUUUGUUUUUAAAUCAACCGAUCACAUUGAUCGGGGCCGAUAGCCAAAUGUAGUGUGUCAGGUGUGGGUUUGAAGAGACAUUAUCCCUUUUUUUUCAGUAAGUGAAAUGGAAGUAAGAUGGUAGUUACUACCUGUUGUACACGACUUUAUCGGAGCAAUGUCUUCUGCAUCACAGAUCCCUGGCUUGGUACAUCCUCUGGGUUCCUCUAACUUGGGCUGUGAUGCUGGUGAGCAGUUCAAAUGCAUCACGUCACGUUCUUCCACUGCCACAGCUGGAUUUUGCUAGCUUCCUGCUGUUUUGUUUGCUCUUGACUUGUGGGUGAAAGAUGUAUUUCAACUAUUUGUGGUUUAACCGUGCAGUAUUUUGUGAUGCUUUAUAAAUCUUAAUCUUCCAAGGAAUUCCCCACAAAGCAGUGCCAUUUUACAAACUUUGUUUGGCCUCUCUGGCUGCAGAAAGGGGAAAAUGAGCUCACAAAGCGUCUGAGUACUGGUUUCAUCUCCCAAAUAGACAAAGUAGUGGAAAGGCAACAUCUACAGGUAUUUGCAGUGCGUAUUUUUUGCACUGUAGGUGUUUGCCAGCAACAGGCAGUGUGCUGCUUUCCUGGCUUGCUUGGCUUGCCUUUACUCAGUUUUGCAGGAGUGAGUAAUGCUUCACUGGAGCUUCUCAUGGCCCGUGGCUCAGGAUGGGGUGCACAGUGCACCGGGGGCUGCCUGCACCCAUUGCCCAGGGGCAGAACCUGGCAGCGAUGCCUCUCGCAGAAGGGUGCUCUGUGGCACCAGUGGUGUUGCAAAAACUCUGUCCUCAUCUCCCAAGUCAUUUCAUAGUAGACAUCAGUGAAAACACAAACCUGCCAUUUAAGUUUUUAUAAAACUUUAGAGUUAGGUUUUUUUUUUAAGGAUAAACACUGCCUUUGCGAGAGCAGAAGAAAAAAGGGAUACUCUCUCUUUAGAAAAGCUUUACACAUUAUGUUUUAGGAUGCUUGUAUAGAGGGUGAUCUACCUUGAAUUCCCAGCCCAGCUUUUGCUUAUGUUGUGCUUUUUUUUGUUGUUUUGGUUUUUUUCUUUAUUUUUGAUAUACCUGGAAUGCAGUUUAGCUUGGUAUUAAUUCUAAAUAUGUGAGCAUAUUGGCGAAACUGCACAGAUGUAAUGAUAUUCCAAUAGCAAUUGUACUGCACAAGUCAGUGAUUGUAUAGUAUUCUGUAACAAGCAAUGUUUGUCUCCUAUUUUUUGAUACCUCUUACACUUAUGUCUUUUAGAAAGACAGUGCCUCUGUAUGCUUUUUGUAUUUUUACUGAGUGAUUGUAAAUAUUUGUUAUAUUUUUGGUUAAGAGAAUGUUUAAAAGUACUGUUUAUUAUCCAAUCUAUUAAUAUGUUGGAAUCAAUAAACAAUCUACAUCUAUGAA